AUGGCUUCCCCGACGUUGUACAACUUGCACCAUGCCCAGACAUUCCCAGCUGUGGCACCACAUGUGAGCGUGCAGCCCGACCUGUCCCCGUGUCGCCUACAGACCCGGCACUUAGCCGUCGCAGGAUGGCCAGGUGACUUCUCACCCACCAGAGCAAAUGCGUAUGCAACGCCGCGAUUCAGGGCAGAGGUCGCACAACCGUUGAGGCCGCCAAGUUUGAUGCCGACCGGGCCGGAUGCCAUGAAAGACGGUGUCUUCGAGGUGCCCGGCUUCUGUGAAACGUCGGAACAACGGGGCUGCUUUUUCUUCGGGGUGCGCUGUGCGAGCAGGCUCCCGCGCUGGGAUGGCAGUUGA